CUAAAAACCAAAAAACUACACCCACCUUAAUGCUGAUUUUAAGCAAUAAAUCACCUCUUAAUCAAAUUAUUAGCGUAUAAUUAACGUAAUUAGCCUCCCCUAAAAGCUUCCAUACUCCAGUCAGAACCUCAACCUCACCAUCUAUAUAAAGCACCAUCAGCAGUUGCACCUUUCUCAUCACACAAAAAAAGCUUUAACCUACUACAAUGGCGCAAGUACAGACACCUCACAUCGCUAUUCUCCCUAGUCCGGGAAUGGGCCACCUCAUCCCUCUCGCCGAGCUCGCCAAGCAACUCGUCCACCGCCACAACUUCACCGUCACGUUCAUAAUCCCCGGCGACGGGCCUCCCACCAAGGCCCAGAAGUCCGUCCUCGACGCUCUCCCACCAGCCAUCGACCACGUGUUCCUCCCGCCUGUCAGCUUCGACGAUCUCCCCGGCGGCUCUCAAAUCGAGACCCUCAUUUCUCUCACCGUCAGUCGUUCUCUCCCGUAUUUGAGGAAUGCUUUAGAGUCUUUAAUGGGCCGCGGAGGUACGAAGCUGGUAGGGUUGGUGGUGGAUCUUUUCGGCACCGACGCUUUUGAACUGGCCAGAGAGUUUAAUAUCUCCCCCUACAUUUUCUUUUGCUCCACCGCCAUGGCUUUGUCGUUGUUUUUCUACUUGCCGAAGCUGGACGAAUCGGUGUCGUGCGAGUACAGGGAGCUGAAGGAGCCGGUGACUAUUCCGGGGUGUGUGCCGAUUCACGGCAAGGACCUGCUGGACCCGGUUCAGAACCGAAAGGACGAGGCCUACAAAUGGGUGCUCCACCAUGCCAAACGUUACAGACUGGCCGAGGGCAUAAUGGUAAAUAGCUUCAUGGAGUUGGAGCCUGGGGCUAUUAAGGCUCUGCAGGAAAAAGAACCGGGGAAGCCACCGGUUUACCCGGUCGGACCGCUGGUGAAGAUGGACUUCAAGGCUAUUCCUGACGAUGGCUCCUCCAAUUCGAAGUGUUUGAAGUGGUUGGAUGAGCAGCCACGCGGGUCGGUUCUAUUUGUCUCCUUCGGGAGUGGUGGGACCCUGUCCUAUAAUCAGAUCAAUGAAUUGGCUCUGGGGUUGGAAAUGAGUGAGCAAAGGUUUCUGUGGGUGGUGAGGAGCCCUAGUGACCAAGCUGCCAAUGCUACUUAUUUCAGUGCACAAAGCCAAGAUGACCCUAUGGCCUUUUUGCCCAAAGGGUUUCAGGAGAGGACCAGAGGGAGGGGGCUCGUGGUGCCAAAUUGGGCACCACAAGCUCAGAUAUUGGGACAUGAAUCAACCGGCGGAUUCCUCACCCACUGUGGCUGGAAUUCGGCCCUGGAGAGCGUUGCGAACGGCGUCCCUCUCAUAGCAUGGCCCUUGUACGCGGAGCAGAAAAUGAACGCCAUUAUGUUCACUCAUGACAUAAAAGUGGCACUGAGGCCGAGAGCGAAUGAGAAUGGUUUCGUGGAGAGGGAGGAAGUUGCUGUGGUGGUUAAAGGUCUAAUGGAGGGCGAGGAAGGUAAGCGACUUAGAAACCGAAUGAAGGACCUAAAAGAUGCCGCAACAAAGUCUCUGAGCGACGAAGGGGCUUCAACAAAGGCAUUGUCCGAUGUGGUCACAAAGUGGAAAACACUAGUCUGUAAUUAAAAUUAGUCUUCAUUCCCCCAUUAGCUACUUUCUUUUCACUUUCGUUUUUGCAUGUGUUGGUAAUAUGGUCUAAAGCUACAUGAUAGUAUAAUACUUUGUUGGGUUGACUGUAAGAUAUGAUGCAUAGACAACUGCCACUUUUUUUGUA